AUGACAAGGACUGCCGGUUGGAGGUGCAAAUGUGGGAGACAAAGUAUUGUCUAUACCUCCAAAACUGAGAGGAACCCAAACAGGGCUUUCCUUGGCUGUCCUAAUUUCAAGGAGAAGAAGCCCUAUUGUGAUUUUUUUAGAUGGGUAGAUGACAUGUGUAAUGAACCCAUGGAGCUAGAAGAAGCAAGAAUUAACACUGUGGAGUUGGAUGUUGCUGAAAUUAACUUCAAGUUGAAAUAUGUGGAGAUGAUGAUGAGAGAGCAAGAUGUGAAGAUUACUGAGCAAGGAAUGAAGCUUCAUCAGCAGGAAAGAAAACUGAAUGAUAAGUUGCAUACUGUUAUGCAUAUUUUGUUACUGAUUGCAGAACACGAGGACCAUUUAGGUCCCUGUCAAUGUUACUCGAGGGUCGUUUUGGUCCCUGACAAAGUGGACGGGGCCCUUAUUGGUCCCUGA